AUGGCAUCGGCAGGAAGUAUUAACGAUCGUAAUUCCGGAGAUGGUGCAUGGGACGGUGGCGCAUCUGUGCCGUCUCUUCAUUCUGGACUGCCGAAUGACCGCAACGGACUAGGCGAAAGCCAGCACACUACACUGGGAGGAAGCUUGUCGACGCCAUCAUUCGGUGCCCCACCACCUGGUUUCAACCCUGGAAAUGAUGCCCCGCGAAGCAACCUCAUGUGGAGCAAUAAGGAACCACCCAAUAUCAGAGAUGAGGGAAUGGAUGGACACAGAAGUUCCAGCUUUAACAAUUUAGCGGCUGUUUUUGGAAGCGGGCUUGCGGAAUCCAUUAACGAUGCUGUUCUGACGGAUUCGUUUUUCUCUCCCGAUAAGAAACAAGGAGAUCUCAAUUAUGCUCGUCAAUCACGUCAAACGGCAUUAAGAAUGGGACGAGGCGGUGAUUCCAUUGGUUCUGCUCACAAAACACAAGAGGCUGGAAAUUUAUUUGCAUCUUAUGAUGCUCCAAACAAUCGUGCCACUGGUGUACGAGGGCCUGCAGGUAGAGAUGAUUACCCUAGAGGCCAAGAUCGAUCGGUAGGUGGACUAUAUCCAGAUCAUGGUUAUGGUACAGCUUUUGCAAAGGACCGAAACGCUGCUCAUCAGCAGGGAGGUUACGAUUUGGGGAUGACUGUGACAGAACCACAGGACUCCCGUUCCCGCAAUCGACCAGAUGAUGGAACCAUGGAUCUUCAGCGCGGGAUGAAGAACCUCUGGUCCAGCGAUGAGCAACCGCCAAAAAUCGGUGGAGCUCCAAAGGAUGCUCGUAUAAUGCAACAGGAAGCGGAAGAUGAUUUGCGUCCAUUUGCCUGGGACAUUCGUCAUCACGAGCCAAGUAGAGCGCUGGUUAUUAUGCGUGCAUCAACACUUGCAGCUGCUGAUGCGAGGGCGGCUUGCGAGUUGUUUGGGGUUGUGGAAGCAUUCCGAUCGGACUUUGCCGAUCGUGGAAUCUUUUUCGUUAGCUACUAUGAUAUGAGGUGUGCUCAAUAUGCUGCCAUGGAAUUGCUUCCAAAGCUGCAACGACCAGGUGUUGAUGGGGACAAAAUUUUGGUUCAGUUUUGUGUACCCUUGAACUCUUCCUCUCAGUUCGAUGAUAGUCUGGUAGUUCUGAACGAUGUUCCAAUGGAUAUGAACAUUGAGAGCCUCGCUCAAAUGCUCUCUUCGUAUGGAGCUGUCAGAUCUCUUCGAAGUCUCGGGGGAAACUAUGGUGGAACUUCCUUUGUUGCGGAAUAUCACGACCUACAGGACGCAAAACAGGCAGUUUUGGAGCUGGAAAGCACUCAGCCUUGGGGUCCCAACGUCAGUGUAGAAAUCGGAGCAAGGAAUCCAUCGGACCGAAAACGAGGACGAGAGCUACUGGCUUUGAUUGGUCGCUGGCGCCAUGGAGAAUCACCAAGCGAUUCCAACAGACGGCUUCCGACUUCUCAUGGUGGUGGUCGUGGUGGUGCUACAUAUGGAGGUCAUCACGACCUACGGGGCACAGCGUACAUACCUGGUUCACAUGCACCAAGGCAUGACAUUCGAUACGAUCGAGGUGGUGCCCCUGGCCGAGGCUAUGGGCAAUCAUAUGGUGCUGUUAUGAAUAAUUCUGGCUAUCCUCAGUCAUACGGCAACAGCAUGCCCCCCUACCAAGCGGACCAUCGUUCGAAUCACCACGGAUCUUACAUGAAUCAUGGAGGUCCUCCCUCGCAUCAACACUAUGGCGGUCCUCCCUCGCAUGGGCGUGGGUAUCACUUUUCGAGCGGUGGCUCAGUUGUGUCUGCUAAUUCUGCUUACUCGGAUGGACAUCACUCUCAUCACUCACACCACUCGGGUCACUAUCCACCAACCAGCUCUCGCAGUGUCCCUUACUUCCCAGAUGGUGCAUCGGUUGGCAGCCAAUCCCGCGACUACCGUAGUGUACCAGGUGGUGGCACACCCGACCAAAAGGACAAUCGGCACCUAAAGUUGGAUGUCGACGCAGUGGAAAAUGGUCGUGACAGCCGUACUUCACUGAUGGUACGCAACAUUCCAAACAAGUACACUCAGCAGAUGCUGCUUUCUGAGUUUGCUGAAAAUGGGCAUGGUCCCGGGACCAUUGAUUUUUUCUACCUCCCCAUUGAUUUCAAGAACAAGUGUAACCGUGGUUAUGCUUUCAUCAAUUUUGUUGACUUCAGGGACAUCCUACCUUUCCAUCGCAGAUACUAUGGAAAGCAUUGGAGAACCUUUAACAGUGACAAAAUUUGCGAAAUCACAUACGCCAGAAUUCAAGGGAAAUCAGCCAUGCUUAAGCGUUUCGAGAACUCAGCACUUAUGGAGAAGGACGAAGAAUACAAGCCUCUUGUGUUUGUGAGUAGCGGUCCUGAUAGAGGCAACAGUUUGCCAUUCCCCGAUCCUUCAAAUCGAUCGUAA